AUGCUGAACGAUUGGUCAUCGAAUAAUGCAAAAAUACCAUUUGCUACAAGCAUUACGUACAAUAAUGAUUUAGAUUUGAAAGCAUUUGAAUGGUUACAAAAGAUUGAUAAAUCUCAAAUUGCACAACUGAAUCCAUGCACUUUCGUUGUGCCAUCAGAUGAUCCAAAAAUAAAUGUAUCCACAUGGGUUCAGCAAUUAAAUUCAGCAGACUGGCAAUCAUUUGAUGAAUUCGUUCGCUGGUCAUCAGCAGCCCGUUUACUCAAUUACUCACGUUUUUUACCACCAUGGUUUUGUGCGUGUAGAUAUGGUCUCAACGAAUACUUAUGUAUACAUGCAAUUGGUUUAAUGAUGAUGUGGGGUACAAGACCUGUCCUACAACUUAUUGGUAAACGUAGAGGAAGAGGACGUUCCCAAAAAAUAAAAUUAGCAUUACAACAAGACUAG